CCGGACAAGUUCGCGAGCAAUUUCAUCAGACAGAUGCAGACCUCAGAGGGGCUCGACCUGAAAGCACCGAGCGGUGAGACAUGGCAUGUGGGUGUCAGCAAGGUUGCCAAUGAGCUGUUCAUGAGGUCAGGAUGGCGAGAUUUCGCUAAGGCUCAUGAACUGCAGGAGAAUGACCUCCUGCUCUUUACAUCCACUGGCAUUGCCUCCUUCGAGGUCCUAAUCUUCGACGAGAGUGGCUGCGAGAAACUGUCUCCUCUCUUCGCCGGCCGAAUGCGCAAACACUUUGACAAUAUGGUGGAUCAAGCCGGCGUUGAUCAAUACCCACCGACUGAUGAUUCUGAUUCUGAUGAUGGUGAUACUAGUGUGCCGUCUGAGUUUGUUGGAUCACCCCACAAGGCCUCUACCUCAAAGAAAUACAGUACCAAGAUUAAACCAAGGGAAGAUCUUCCUGAAUCACCAAGCAGCAGCAGCUGUCAUGUUAAACUUGAGGCAACUGAGGAAGAGGAGAGUGAUGAUGACACAUACACUGACGCCAAUUACUACUACUCGAGGACUGUGAGUCAGCUAUACGGCGAUGAAAAACAGGAAAUUGUCGAGCGGGCUUCCAUCCGACCGGGGAAUCCCGCAUUCGUGGUGGUUCUGCUGAUGACCCAUCUCCAACGCAAGAACAACUUUCUGACCAUCCCCUGUAAAUUUGCAGCUGAUCAUCUUCAGAGCAAGCCGCGUCAGGUCCUGCUGCUCAGGCCGAGCAGAGAAGACAAGUGGCAUGUCAGGUGCUACCAUUCCAACAGGACCAGAUGCUUCAACUGCCAAGGUUGGGUCAAGUUUGUGAGGGAUAACGGGUUGCACGAGGGCGACAUCUGCGUCUUCGAGCUGAUGAAAGGCGCUAGAAAGAUGACGAUGAUGGCCGUCCAUGUCAUCAGGAGGAAGAAAGAUGGCCUGUUUGUUACCGUGGGUUAAUCAUAAUCUCCUGCACACCCUUUCUCAUACAUUUUGGUAUGCAAUAUGUUGUACCGACCUGCCACGCAAAACUGAACUUGUUGUACCUGGGGAUGCAUUUGCAUGAAAAUGCAAUGGCACCUUUUGUGGCCUUGUUAAGGAUGGUCAUGCUAACAAGCACUUUAUGAUAUGGCUCACGUUUAAGAGUUCA